UGUCGGGAGGGAAGCGGAUGGGGGCCGGCGAUGCGCCCCGGUCGGAUGUGGAACGGCGAGAGCCGGUCCGCCGAUCGGCUCGGGGCGUGGACCGACGCGGGUCGCGGCGGCGGCCCAAGCCCGGGCUUUCGAUGUGCCCGCGGAGACGUCGUCGCCGCGAUCGUGGAACGCAGCACGCGCCGUCUUGGCGUGCCCUCGGCACCAGCGUGCUCCAGGCGUCGGCCCGCGGGCUCCCCAUCCGGCUCGUCUUGA